AUGUUAACAAUUUUUCUUUUCUGGAGUUUGAUCUUACUCAAAUUAAUUUCUGCUUUAACUAUUAAAGGUCAGUUGGAUGUGACACCAUAUAAUCUAUCAACUUUUAAAAUAAGUAAUACACGUUUUAGAUUACAACAAAUCGGCUCCCUUGAUAGCAACAAACACCCUAUUAAGGCAACUGCAUAUAUUCAAGAUCCAGAUGGCUCAUUUGAAUUUAAUAACAUUGAAGUGGAUGAAAGGAUAAAUAAAACUACCCGGUUUGUUAUAUAUCCUCUAUCAAAAGACUUUAAUGUGAAACCAAAUAGAGUACUUGUGGAAUUCUUCAUGAAUGAGAAUGGUACUUUGGAGACAAAAGGCUUCAGAAACUAUUUUGGUAGAGAAUAUUUUCCAUCAAAAGACAUUAAAUUCCCAGAAAAAUUGGAUCCUAUUGAUAUCAAACCAAUGGUAAGAUUCUCUUUGGUACAAAAACAACCUUUUAGAAAUUAUUUACAAGUAAGAAAUCCCGGUGUUUUAAAAAGCGGUAUGAUUGCUAAUAUAUUGCAUUCUCCUUGGAAAAUGGCAUUAGUGUUUAUUGCUCUAACAGUCAUUAUCUUUCCAAUAUAUGUAGAAAAUUUUGAUCCAGAAACGGUUAAGUUGAUGAAGGAACAAAGACGAAAGCAACAAAGAGAAAAAUAUCAAAUUCCAAAUUAA